AUUUUAGCUGUGGUUCGAGUUCGAAGGAUCGGAUCGGAGGCCUCUACUUUGACAGUUUUGUAUUGAAUAUUGAACUCAUAUCGAACUUUUGAAGAAAAUGGCAGACGGAGAAGUCCAAACUCUUGAUUAUCAGCAUAGAAGAUGGCAUAACAUAAGAAAACUGUUAGAGAGAUCUGGUCCCUUUUGUCAUCCAGAUUUCGAGCCAUCUGCUGAAAUUCUAGAUUUCAUUAUGAACUCUUGCAAAGUCUUGAUUGUUGGGGCUGGUGGCCUCGGAUGUGAACUGUUAAAAGAUCUGGCUCUGAUGGGUUUUAAGAAACUACACAUAGUGGAUAUGGAUACUAUAGAGCUAUCAAAUCUUAAUAGACAGUUUUUGUUUCGGAAGAACGAUAUUGGCUUGUCUAAAGCAAAAUGUGCUGUCGAAUUUGUGAAUAAGAGAGUACCCGGCUGUGAGGCAGUAGCUCAUCAUUGUGCAAUUCAGGAUUUAGAUGAGGGAUUUUACCGUCAAUUUCACAUCGUAGUUUGUGGACUUGAUUCAAUUGUUGCAAGGCGUUGGCUUAAUGGAAUGUUAAUGUCGUUGCUGCAAUACAACGAUGAUAGAAGUUUGGACCAAAGCAGUGUCAUUCCAUUGGUUGACGGAGGCACAGAGGGAUUUAAGGGAAAUGCGAGAGUAAUUCUGCCAGGAAUGAGUGCUUGCAUUGAAUGCACUCUGGAUCUAUACCCACCUCAGAAGACAUUUCCUCUUUGUACAAUUGCAAAUACACCUAGAUUACCAGAACACUGUAUAGAGUAUGUAAAAGUUCUGCAAUGGGCAAAAGAGAAUCCAUGGGGCAGUUCAACCCCGCUCGAUGGAGAUGAUCCCCAGCAUGUGGCUUGGGUUUAUGAGAAAGCGCAGGAAAGGGCUAUGAAAUAUGGAAUAACAUCGGUAACAUAUAGAUUAACUCAGGGAGUUUUGAAGAAUAUUAUUCCAGCCGUUGCAAGUACUAAUGCUGCUAUUGCUGCUACAUGUGCUACUGAGGUUUUUAAAUUAGCUACAUCAUGUUGCACCAAUAUGAACAACUAUAUGGUGUUAAAUAUGUCUGAAGGCGUGUAUACAUACACAUUUGCAGCUGAGAAACGUCCCGACUGUGUUGCUUGUAGUAAUACUACACGAACAAUGGAAAUUGAAUCAAAUGCAACCUUGCAAGCAAUAUAUAAUAAAUUAUGUGAAGAUAAAGGGUAUUUGAUGAAAAGUCCAGGUAUUACUACAAUCAUCAAUGGUCGUAACAAAACUUUAUAUAUGUCUUCAAUCAAGAGCAUCGAAGAGAAAACAAGAGAUAACUUAAAGAAGAAAAUCACUGAGCUAGGACUGUACAAUGGAGCUGAUAUACUGGUAGCAGAUGUAACAACACCAAACACGUUAACAAUAAAAUUGAAAUUUUCUGAUAAUCUUGAUGUUGAUAUGGGCCGAUAAAAGAAUAAUUGGUUGAGAAGCAAUUUCUUUAUGCUAUGAAUGUAAUUCACCCGCUGUUGUAAUAUUUACAUAAGGAAUUUAAUAAAUUAUUGUUAAAUUGU